AUGCAGACGGGUCUGCAAGAUGGUCAUCAGUUAAUCGGUUACGUUCGCUCGAAACCCUUUGCCUUUAUCGUUGUGGCUGCUCUCAGCUUGGCUGUGGUCAGUGGACGCCCGGGCGCCCAGUAUCUGCCACCGCUGCCGGUCAAGGAGGUGUCCGCUGCGCCGAGCUUCCAGCAGCUGGUGCAGACCCAGCUGCAGCAGCACAUCCAGGCGCAGAUCCAUCCCCAAGUGGAGUCCAUUCAGGCCUCGGUUCCGCUGGCCAGCUUCACCAUCCAGUCCAGUGGACAGCAGCACUACCAGAGUGCACCAGCACCAGCUCCAGCUCCAGCUCCAGUUUCCAUUCCAGCUCCUGCUCCAGUGGUAAUCUCCGCUCCAGCUCCAGCUCCCGUAGAGAUUGAACAGCCGGCGCCGCAGGUGAUCUAUGAAGCACCCAAGCCGGUGAUCGCCACCCAGACGGCGGUGAAGAACGCCUAUCUGCCGCCCACUCCUGUCCAGCAAUUUGUGCCCGCUCCGGAGCCAGUGGUUGCCACCAUUGCACCACAGCAGGAGACCAUCACGACCACUUACACAGCCCCAGCACCCGCUCCAGUUGCCAUUCCAGUUCCGGCAGUGCAGGAGCAGCACCAGGUGAUCCAGCAGACAUACUCCGCUCCAGCUCCUGCUCCUGCUCCAGUGGUUCAGCAGACCUACUCCGCUCCAGCUCCUGCUCCUGUGGUUCAGCAGACAUACUCCGCACCCGCACCAGUUGUUCAGGAGCAGACUUACACCGCUCCCGCACCAGUUGUUCAGGAGCAGACUUACUCCGCUCCAGCUCCUGUCCAGACGGUGGUGCAGCAGACGUAUUCAGCCCCCGCUCCAGUGGCCCAGGAACAAUUCUACAGCGCUCCGGCUCCUGUGGCUCAGCAGACUUACUCCGCUCCUGCUCCGGCUCCUGCUCCUGCUCCAGUUCAGGAACAAUUCUAUAAUGCUCCUGCCCCAGCCGUUCAGCAGACUUACGCUGCUCCAGCUCCGGCUCCUGUGGUUCAACAGACCUACUCCGCCCCUGCUCCAGUAGCUCAGCAGACUUACUCCGCUCCAGCUCCAGCUGUCCAGGAGCAAACUCAGGUGGUUCAGACCUACAGUGCUCCGGCUCCCGCUCCAGUGGCUCAGCAGACUUAUUCCUACCCAGCUCCAGUGGUGCAGCAGGCACCUGUGGUUCAGCAGAGCUACUCCGCUCCAGCUCCCGCUCCAGUGGUUCAGCAGACUUACUCCGCUCCAGCUUCUGUGGUCCAAGAAACUAUUCAGCAAGCCCCAGUGAUCCAACAGGUCCAGCAGAGCUACUCUGCUCCAGCUCCCGCUCCAGUGGUUCAGCAGAGCUACUCUGCUCCAGCUCCAGUGGUUCAGCAGACAUACUCCGCUCCAGCUCCCGUGGUUCAGCAGACAUACUCCGCUCCAGCUCCCGUGGUGCAAGAGACGAUUCAGCAAGCCCCAGUGAUCCAGCAGAGCUACUACGCUCCUGCUCCCGUUUCCAUUCCCGAGCCCGUGCAGCAGAUCGUGCAGCAGCCACAGUACAGUGGUUACUCCUACCAGACUCCUCAGCAGGUUUCAGCACCUGCUCCGGUUCAGGUGUCCCUUCCUGCUCCAGCACCCGUGGUGAUCUCCGCUCCGGCUCCAAUUGCUAUCCCUGCCCCAGCUCCAGCUCCAGCUCCAGCUCCAGUUCCAGUUCCUGCCCCAGUGCAGCUGCAGCAGUCCUUUGUGCCAGCACCACCUGCCCCCAUCCAAGUGCAGCAGCCAGCCCAACCCAUUGUACAGUACUCACCGCCAGCGGUGCAACAGCAGCAGGUGACCUACACCCAGUCCGCUCCAGCUCCAGCUCCUGCUCCUGCUCCAGUUCAAGUGUCCGCUCCAGCUGCCAUUCCCCAGCAGACAGUUGCAGUGUCCGCUCCCGUGGAGAUCGGCACCACCUACGCCGCCAACGGUGGCUACCUGUACAAGUAG